AUGCGGGAUGAACUUGAGGAAGAGAUGACUGAAGCAACAGUAGACUCUAACAAAGAUGUGUCAGAGGAAAGUGAUGACCUGGAUGUUCUUGAACAAGUUGAUGGAGGGACUUUCCAACAAGUCACGAAUCUCCUGAACAUUAUGGAGAGCGACCCAACCAAGACAGACGUUGGGUGGGUAGGCCCCGACAUGAGGAAGAUGCUGGCCUCGGUGAUAAUCACAGAAAAGGCCAGCAGUGACCCCUCUAUGGUGAUGAAUGCUCUCAUCCGCUGUCUGCAGAUACCUGAGAUUUCCACUCAGCGCAAGGUCAACAUUUACAACAUUCUCCAGGAAAUCAUCCAGCAGGAAGGGGAGCUGGAGGAGCACUGUGUCCAGAGACUGGUUGCCAUCGCUUUCAAGGAGAUGAGGGAAGCCCCUGAGAUGGAAAGCUAUGUCAGGGCCGAAGUGGCCAGUGACACUCUGGUGGCUCUGUCCCGAAACCAUUUCAGCUUGGUCAUGUUCCAGCUGCAGCACCAACUCAAGCCCCUCAACCUCUGCGACGAGUUUGUCAUUGUUACCUUGGCUAAGAUGGCCAACGGCAAUGUGUUUGAGUUCAUGCCAUACAUGGGCAUCACCCUGGCCACCAUAUUCACGAUGCUGAGACUUGCCAACGAGUCCAAGAUGCGCCAGGUGAUCUGUGGAGCCAUGGAGACCUUCUGUGAGACAGUCCAGUUCUACCUGAAACACCUGGAGAACAGUGUGUACCCCGUGAUGACUGAGGAGCAGUUUGCCACGAAGCUCUUCCCCAUGUACCGCUACUUUGUGACCGUGUGGCUGAGGAACGACAAUCCCGAGGUCAAGCUGGGGGUCAUCAAGUCUCUGAAGCCCAUUCUGAACCUCUUACUGCCCAGUGAUGACCUUCGGGAGCAGGUCUAUGACUACAUCCCUCUACUGCUGGCCGAGUACCAGGGCAGCCUGGAGGCCCUCUUCAUCACCCAGGUCCUGAGGCAGAUCCUAGAGGUCUCGGUGGUCACCAACACCCCCGUCCCACAAAUGCAGCUGCACACCAUCUUCACAGAGCUGCAUGUGCAGGUGUGCGCCACCACCCGAGCCCAGCAGUACAGCAGCCAGAACCUGGUGGAGAUUGGACACUGCUUCAUAGCGCUGGCCCGCUCCUACCCCAAGGAGCUGAUGAAGUUCUUCCUCAGUCAGAUGGAGACGAGCAAGGAGGCCACCCGUGUGGGGACCCUGACCUUGAUCAAGGUGGUGGUGAGCGCAGAUGAACCCAAAAUGAAUAUAAGAACUGUUUACCUGGCCAUCAGGGUGGUCAAGAACAGCCUCUCCGAUACCAGGUCUAAGGUGAGGAUGGCCAUUCUCCGUAUCAUCGGCCAGUUGGCACUUUCUGGCUACCAGGAGAGGAUCAAAGCCUGGGCUCUGAAGUACGUGUCAAUGCAGCUGACCUUGUCCACCUACAAACUGACAAAUCGCCGGGAGAGCUUUUAUCAAAGGGACUUAGAAGAGAAGAUGGUCCACAAAGUCACCCUAGAUACUGUGAAGAUCAUCACCUCCUCAGUCAGUGGAAUGACCAAUGAGUUUUGGGUGAGGCUCCUUUGCUACAUCAUGGAGACAGACUACACAGAGGCUCUGACACCCAUCUGCAUCAGUCUGAGCAACCUGGCAGAACGUCAGCUCCACGGCAAGGACACAGGGGCCAACACGACCAGCCGCAGCAGGCAAGUGGACCUGCCUGCACCGCAGAAGCUUCUGGCUCGGCUCCUGGUGCUGUUGGCAUCCCCUUACAAGGGCGAAGGCCGCGGGGUCGCCAUGCUCAACCUCCUGAAGAUCCUGAGCCACAGCAUCGCCCCCUCCAUGGCUGACAUGUGGGAGCUGGAGAUCCCGCUGCUGGUCCAGUACCUGGAAGAGCACACUGAAUUCACUUGGAAUCAGAAGACCUGGGAAGACAAGCUGAUUCAGUUUCUGAGACACUCCCUCAAGACGACUCGGGGGUCCAGGGGGUCCAGCUGGAGCUGGCGCCUAAGCAAGGAGCUGAACAACCAGAUGGAGAGCUUCGACAGCCCCUCCCUUGAGAAGGCCUUUCUGUACCGGGCUCUGGGCUUCACCUUGGCCAUGGGCCUGGAGGCCGACAAGGUGGAGGUACUGCUGCUUGAACUGCUUUAUAAGACGGAUUACAGCAACGACUUUGACCGGGAGGGCGUCAUUCUGUGCUUCGGCCUCUGCGCCAGGGGCCAGGUGAAGCCGGUGUUGAGCGUGCUGCAGGACUUUGAAGAGAGGAUCCAGGAGUCGGAGCAGACCUGGCAGAUGGGUGCUUGGCGGAAAGACCACCUCUGGAGGCGGGAAACCGUGAAGAGUGCCCUCAUGGUCAUGUACAGCUAUGUGGCUGCUUACUGCCACCCACAGAUGCUCCUCACCUACGUGGACAGCCCCAUCACCACCAAGAUCAUCCAUCACUACUGCUCCAGCAGCUGCCAGGAUGUCACCCUCAAGCUGGCCUUCAUGAAGAGCAUUGUGCAGGUCACUAGUGCCGUCCAGAGCAUGGAGUACCUGGGAGAUGUUCAGUUUACCCAGAAGGCCACUGUAACCAGCAUUGUAAUGGGGAUCAUCAAGGGUGAGUCGGCCAACAACCUGGAUUCUCCCGUGCGGACCGUGGCCAUGGAUGCCCUCAUGCACCUGAGCAAACUGAAACCUUUCUACUCUGUGGAAGAAAACAGUGAGCUGAUGGACAUCAGCAUACAGUCCGUCAUUCCCCUUCAGCCUCCUGCAGAAGAUAGUGACUCCAUUAAGAUCCUGUAUGCAAAUGCCAUGGGCGCCCUGGAGCAGCUGAUGGAGGGUCUCAUGAAGCGACAGCUGGACCCCAAGGGGCUGCAGGAGAUGGUGCAUCUCCUGGAAAAGUGGAUCUUGUCGGAGAAAGAAUGGGAGCGGGAGAAGGCCAUGCAUCUCCAUCUUCGCCUAAUGCAGAUCUACGUCCAAAGUGUAGGCGUCUGUAUUCCCUUGAAGCUCGGACAGUUUGGCAUCCUGGUGGGACUCAUCGCCCCUUGUACCUGCGACUCCCACCGAAGAACGCGAGUGGCCUCCAUUGACGUCCUGUCCAGUCUGCUGGACCUUCAUGCCAGCCAGACCUGCUCCUUGUGGGAAGCGUCCAAGGAGAAAGAGCUAAUGAAGUGUAAAGAGGACCUUGGGGGCUCCGACGAGGACAAGAUUUUCUGUGCAUCCUCCAGAAUAGCUAAGGUGGUAUGCAUGGAGUUUAACUGCGACGAGGUGGUGGCUCUCAUCCAGAAGCUCUGUGAGAACAUUGGGGCCAUGGACCUCCAGCACGACAAGGCCUCUGUCAGCUGGAUUGGCACUUUCCUUCAGAUGCGGGUCAAGGAGCUGGAGGACAAGGUGGCAGAGAUCCUGGGCACCAUCUUGGCCCACCUUCCCCUGUUGGACCACCUUGAGGUACGGCGCCUCCUCAUUGAAGGCAUCCUACUGCUGGCUCACUACCACCAGGAGACCGUCCUCACGUCGCUCCUGAGGCAGCCCCUGCCCAUGGAGAGCCACCUGACCGAGGUGUGGUUGGCGGUGGCGGAGAACGUACCCUUUGCACGGACCAUGCUCAAUGGCCUGAUGGGCCGGCUCCAGUCCAGGUUAAACUCCCGGGCAAACGCCACCUCCAAGGCUGACAUCUGGCGGCUGGCUGCAGUGGACCCCCUGAUGACCCUAUGCACCAUCCACCUGCUGGUGGACAAGGUUGACCAGGCGGACACGCUCCCGGACCUCCUCCCGGACCUGGUCUACACUCUGCUUCUGCAGCUGAGCAGCAGCCACAGCCCCAAAUCUGCGUCCCCCGCCCUGAAGACGUGGAGGCUGGUGCACGCCGGGACCCUGCCCGAGGAGCUCAGCAUGCACAGGAUCACCAUCAAAUCCAUGCAACUCUUGUUCAAGAGAACCCACCGCGAGUGCUUGGUGCAGGGCCUGGAGGAGCAGGGCGUGUGGGGUCGCCUGGAGAACAGUGCCACCUUCCUGGAAGGCGUGGGCCUGCUCGCCAGGUUGUGGUUGCAGCACAUGGGAGACCACAGGCGGCAGCUGGCCGAGUUGGUGCUCAGGGGCAUGGACGCUGAGGUCCUGAGCUGCCGCAUCAGCAGCACGGCAGUGUGUGUGGAAUUCAUGAGCCUCCCGGUUCUGCACCAGGAGAAGCUGCUGAAGACUGCGGUUUCUGUGCUGGAGAGAGGCGUGGACCAGGAGGACGAAGCUCUGCGGGUACUCUCCCUGCGUGCCCUCGGCAACAUGGUCCUCGGUGCCCCCAAGAAGGUGAAGCAAUACCGGAAGCUGUUGCUGGAGAAGUUUCUGUGUUCCCUGCAAGACCCUGUCAACACCAGCGUGGCCUUGGAGGGCAUGGCGGCCCUGACCAAGGUCCUGACGGAGCUCCGGGAAGGGGACAUAGGGCCAGCUUUCAAAGCCAUCUCCGAGCAGUGCCGAGUCUACUUCAACAAUGAGAACGAGCUGCUGCGGUUGACAGCCUUCGAACUUUUCGGGAAGCUGGCCAAGGUGGUCAGGAUAUCCAAGAAGCAUGUCUUCAAGGUAGAGGUGAAGAAAGCCUGGGUCUCCCUCAUGCUGCACUGCCAGGACCCCUGCUGUUACACAGCCAGAGCCUGCAUGGAGACCAUGUUCCUGUGCCUUCACUUCUGGGGCUGGAAGGGUCUGGAGAGACCCCCUGGGCAGAGUGCCACCAACAUGAAUGAUAUGACUGCGUUCCAGACCACCAUGUGCUCCAUCCUGACUCAGAAAAAGCCGGCUGUGCUCUACACCUUCUUGCUAGAAACCGUUACCUAUGUGAAAAGUAACUUGUCAGGGAUCAGAACUGCUGCCUGCAACUUGGCAGGGAUCAUAAUGAAUCAGAUGUCUGCGAGCUACCUGAAGCAGCUAGACUUCCCGGCAUUGCGCAACUCCUUCCAGGAGCUCCAGCUGGAUGCGGACUCUGGGGUACGGAAAGCAGCCCUGGAGACCCUCAAGGUCCUGGACAGCUGCAGUCAGCAUGGCCUCCUGGCUGCCUCUGAAGGCUCUUUCUAG